AUGGCAAGACUAGGCGCGCCUCUCUUUAUUGUUCUUGCUCUUGCUCGAGAUCUAAGGACCGAGGCCUCCGCAACCACCGAAGCUGCAACUCCUAAGAUCCAUAGCUUGCCUGCGGCCGCCCUGCCUCGAGGCCCAUCACAGAAAACGGUUGAGGGGCCAGCGCGUGUCCAAGCAGUCCAAUCCCCGGACGACGCUACAAGUGUCGGCACUCCCAAAGUCGCGAUCGAGGACAGCAUUCGAACAGGCGCUGAAGCCCUGAAGAGUUCAGAGGCUGAUUUCCGGGUGGCCAUGCGAUCAGGUCAGAGCUUGGAAGCCUUGCGCUUGCCCAAGCUGCCUUGGUCUGCAAAGCUGCCAAGAUCUCUUUUAGGCCAAGGCCGUCAACAACAGGCCGACGGCAAUGGAGUUGACGAGGAAGACGAUCCCCCUGUCCGUGCAGAUGGCAAAGUUCGACUUCGUGUGUUUGACGGUGCGAGUGAAAGUCACACUCUAGCUCUGGAGCUGCCUUGUACCAUUUUGGGCUCAUCCCUAAAGUUUGCCCAUGUGGCCGAUGGCACCCACGCCUCGGUCAAAACAGAGCAUGCUGCGGUGAUAUUCGUGCCUCCCGAGUCCUACCUCUUGCAACCGCUCAAUGGCGAGGUUUCCUUGACCUGUGCUUCUCAGCAUGCAGCUGUGAGCAGCAAGUUGCUCCAGGAAAGAAGAUCAGGACCUCAAUGUCGUGCGGGUGCAAAGCUCCUAUCUGUUGGUAGCGCUCCAGAAGAGUUCACCAGACAGCAUUGCUGUUUCCAACUGGGCAAGUCGGAAGUGAUCUUCUUCGUAGACUUGUUGCCGUCGGCGGCCAGCGUCCGUGCACUGGGAACUUCUCGGCACCUUUUGCAGGCUUUCGUUCAUGGAACGGCGUCUGACACCAAGCAGAAGCGGGCCAAGGAACAGAAGUCCGCCGACACCGCACGAGCCUCAGGCCCUCGUGCAGCCAAGUUGGUGCCAGCGAGUGUAGCAAACGAACGGGCCACCGAAGCGAAGCCUUGGCCAGUGGAUGCGCCUCCACCUCCGCUUCCGCCACUGAAGUUUGCGAGGGCUGAAGGUGCACGGCGGUCUCCCAGCAUGUGGCGCCAUGACCGAGUGCAGCGCUCGAUCAGCAUGGGCCUUGGGCUUUGCCGCGCUUUGCAGAGCUCGUGCUCGUCGCACUCGCCGACACUCUCCUCGGCCGAGACAGCGAGAGCCAAGCUCGGAGAGCUUGCCAAGAAGGCAGAAGAAGGGGAGAUCAAGAGAGACGCGGAGAUCGCGGCAGACCCCUUCCUCGCCAUCGGCUGGACCAAGCAAGCCAAAUGCCACAAUCCAGCCAACGACUGGAAGAAAGCCGAAGAAGAAAAGAAACCCGCCACGGGCCAAACAGCCCCAGUCUCCUGCCUCCACGGAGGAAAUGUCGUCCUCUCCGGAAGUACAGAAGGACAAGAAGCGGCGUCGGCGAAGGAAGUCUGGACUCACGGCAGCAAGCUGGAACGCUCUGCCUUUCUGCAAGAUUCUUUUUUGACAUAA